AUGGGCUCUGCUGGACAUGACAAGCUCAUAUCCGGCCAGUUCAUGCUGCCUGUCAUCCCGUCCGGCAUCGAGAACAACGACCCCGGGACUCGCGGCUUCUACGCCCCUCCUCCGUCAAGCGAUUACGUGCCGAGAAGCUACCCCUUGACCGAUGUCCGCCCUGUGGUCUCUCGCCCCGACUAUUCCCCUGAAGACCUGCUCAAGUCGCAUGGCUUCGCCCUCGUCAAGCAUCGCUCGCCGUUCCUGGAUGAGCUUGACGGUCACGCGGACGAGCACGCCGUGAACAAUGUAUACGCCGCCGAAACAACAGAGCUCGUGUGCAGGGCGGUCGGAGCGAAACGCGCCUUCGCCCUGGUCCGCGUCAUGCGUCAAGGUCAACCAGCCUCACAAGACUCCACAGGGCCAACGAGCAACAAGACAACCUCUGACAAUCUGUCCGGCCAAAAGGGUCUCUUGGUGUCCAAGCCAAUUCGUAUGCCACACAUGGACUGCACGCCGCUUGGCGCUCGACAUAUCAUCCGCUUCGACAAUGAAGGCAUCUAUACCGCUGCACGGGAGAGCGGCGUCAUCGCGGUGGAGGAUGCCAUCUGCGAGAAGCUGGGGUUAAGCGCAACGGCCAAAGGAGCGACGGCGGCCUUAGCGGAGAAUUACAAUCAAGGGGAUCGUCUUGGGCCGCGAUACGCUUAUUACAGCAUCUGGCGGCCGCUGAAGAAAGUCGGCCGAGACCCAUUGGCUCUCGGGCCAAGGAGGAAGGAGGUGGGGGAGGCAGGGGGCGACAUGGUGUAUUGGACGUAUCACAGCAAAGUCCCCGGAGCAAAAGGGCUCAGCGACCGGCCUGAUGGCGAGUACUUGACGCAGCGUGCUAUGCUAGGCGUGCGAGCGGAGGAACCUCGGGCGGGAGAGUGUCCUGAGGAACUUAAAUGGCACUAUGUGUCGGCACAAGAGCCUGACGAGGUGUGGUUUGUCAAACUCUUUGACAGCGCUUCUCUGGGUGCGGAUUCACAGCAUGCCAGCGCCCCGUGGCAUGGGAGCCCGGACCUUGGCGACGCGGCAGAAAGUGACGAGCCAAGGGAAAGCAUCGAGCUACGUGUGAUGGCGUUUUGGUAA